GGUACAGCUGACUGAAACUGUGCACUGGAAGUGUCCAGAUCAGACAGCUGAGAAACCAUGGCAAAGUUCUGGAGUGCCAAAUUUUUCAUGGCACUAGCUUGGCUAGGCUCUUUAGCUGGGACAGAGGUGGAGGCUCAGGAGAUUCCACCAUACCCGUGGCAGAAACCCCAGGACUCUCAAGUUCCACCGUACCAUCCUCCUCCGUGGCAGAAAACCCAGGACCCAAUUCCACCAUUCCAUCCUCUUCCUCAUCCUCUUCCAAAGCCCCUGAACCCUCAGAUCCCUCCACCAUACCGACCUCCUCCACCGCAAGAUCCUCAAAAGCCUCGACCUCCUCCUCCUCCUCCACCUCCGCCAUACCAGCCUCCUCCGUGGCAGAUUCCCAAGAAACAACCUCCGCCUCCUCCUCCACCUCCACCUCCACCUCCACCGUUCAUCCCUCCUAUACCACCGUUCAUCCCUCCUAUACCACAAAAUCCCCAGCAACCUCGACCACCUCCCCGGCCAUUGCAUCCCAUUGUCCCACCUUUUCCUCAAGUAUCCAAUGAUUACUUUCCCCAAAAACCAAAUGUCCCAAAUAAUCCAAAGGUGCCUCCGACGCUGCCACCUGCUCAGAGCUGUGAUGUGGAAAGAAGUGUGAGAGUCCCAUGUGGAACUACUGGUAUUUCAGGUGCUCAGUGUGAAUCCAUAAAAUGCUGCUUUGAUGGCAAUCAGUGCUACUUUGGAAAGGCAGUGACUGUCCAGUGCACUCGGGAUGCCCAAUUCGUUGUUGUUGUCGCCAAAGAUGUUACUCUACCCCACCUUGACCUCCAGACAACCUCGCUGGCAGCAGGUGGUCCUGGCUGUUCAUAUGUUGACUCCAAUUCAGCCUUUGCCAUAUAUCAGUUUCCUGUUACUGCCUGUGGCACCACCUUUAUGGAGGAGCCUGGUGUAAUAAUCUAUGAGAACAGAAUGACUUCCUCAUAUCAGGUGGGGGUUGGGCCUCGCGGAUCUAUUACCCGAGACAGUCACUUUCACUUCAUCUUCCAGUGUAGGUACAUCGGCACCGAUGUUGAAACUGUGAUUGUAGAAAUCCUACCAAUACAAAAUCACCCUCUGCCAGUUUCUGCUAUGGGACCCAUUAAUGUAGUCUUGAGGUUGGCCAAUGGACGAUGCCUUACAAAGGGUUGUAAUGAAUUGGAUGUGGCCUAUACUUCAUUCUAUACGGAAGCAGACUACCCUGUGACCAAAAUCCUGAGGGACCCUGUGUACGUGGAGGUUCAGCUCCUCAAAAAGACAGAUCCGAUGCUUGUCUUAACUCUUGGUCGCUGUUGGGUAACCACAAGCCCUUACCCUCACACCUUCCCCCAGUGGGACAUUCUGAUAGACGGAUGUCCAUACCGGGAUGAUAAUUACUUGUCCUCACUGGUACCAGUGGGUGCUAACUCUGGCCUGGACUACCCCAGUCAUUACCGGCGUUUCGUUUUCAAAAUGUUCACCUUUGUGGGUUCCUCAGUAAAGGACCAGAUUGGACAGAAGGGAAUGGAUCCACUGCAUGAAAAGCUGUACAUUCACUGUAGCACAGCCGUGUGUGUUAGUGGACAGUUUGCCAACUGUGAGCCAGCAUGCCACAGGACAAAGAGAGAUGUCGAGGCUGAAGACCAGAAGACGAAUGAACCAAAGACUGUGGUUUCCUCUGGGCCACUGAUCAUAACUGCUCCCGAGCAGUUAACAGCUUGACCUCAAGAACUUUGCUGAGAACAAGCUAAAAAAAUCUGCAACAUGAAAACGGUUAUUAGUAGUAUGAAGUGGAAAUUAGAUUAUAAUGUAGUAGAAAAGAAUUCAAGUGUGCUGUAGGAAGAAAUAUGUUUAAUCAUGUCAUUGAGAUUUAUAUUAAAGAAGUAUUGGCUCCAACAUGA